AUUGUCCUGUGCGCUCUAUCAACCUAUAAUCACACCUUUCUGCAGUGCAGUCAAUAGAUGAUCUAUUCCGAGGCUGUUUUCAUGCUUCGACUUGCGAUUAAUUGCCAAAAUUUUCCUCGGUAAUUGGAACUAAUUGUAUGAUGCAAAAAUGUGGUUUACUUGUGAACAACUAAACAACGGGGAUAUCUUUUGCAGCGGAAUUAAUUAAACAGGUUCACAGGCUACGUUUAGAAGGAUAGCUGCUAAUUUAUUUCACUUCAUAAUCAAAGACAAUGUAUCUGUUGCCGCUCUGUUUGUUCUUAUUGGAGGGGAUUAUUUAUACAAAUGCCCAGGUCGCAAGAUUUAGAGAUAGAAGAUUUAUGUUUAGGAAUAGACCCCCAUUCCCAAGAUUUCCUCCACCCCCACCCCUACCGAGAGGUUUUCGAAGAUUCCCCUUUCCCCCUGGCUCUGGUACAUUAGGGAAUGUAAUCAACCAGCGCCCACCAUUUUGGAAUAAUGACAGAAACGAUAUGGCCAUCCCUGGACGCCGAACUUCAGAUAGAAUAAACAGUAAUACUAAUAACAGACCAAGAAGUCCCACCAAUAAUAGGCCAUCUGAGAAUUUCGUCAGACCUCCAUUUGGUGCGUUCCAACAAGCACCAGAUUCCAACUCUCGAAGCAAUCGUUUCCCAAACACGUUUGCACAACAAAAUCGAAAUAGAUUUCUCAGACCUGCUACCUCGUCAGCAAACAGAAACGAUGUAAAUGCAUUGCGAAACGAGUUCUCCACAUUUCAGCAAAUGCGAAAUAUUCCCCAGUUUCCUGUAGAUCUAUUUGCUCGCAGAAAUUCGCAGCGCCGUGUGCCUGGAUCACCGCAGUUUGACCCCAACUUAUCACCAUUUACACAAGCCGUGCCAAACCCCCCUCUUACUGGUUCAACAGAUAACUCUGCAUCACUCCAGCAACAGCAGCAACAACAACAACAACAACAGCAGCAACAACAACAGCAGCAGCAACAACAGCAGCAACAACAGCAGCAGCAGCAACAGUUUUCAGAUUUACAGCGUCAACGAAUGCAAUUACAGCAGUCUCUUAUGAGAAGACAACAAGCAUUAAAUAUGGCACUGCAAGGGCAGCAACAACAGCAACAACAACAAUCAGAACAAAUGGCGGGAUUUUUGCCACAAGUGCAACAGAGUGCAACACAACAAGCAACGCAACCGAUCGAUCCACUUCGGGCACAUCCAGGUUCUAACUCAUGGCAACUUCCAGACAACUCUCUGCCAAUGUCGUCCGCAAACAUCAUACGUGCACUUCCGCCAGCUCCAGGAUUGACCGAUUCAAAUUCCGAGCCUGCUUCAUCAUUACCGCAGACGAUUCAGCCCAACAGUGUUAGCUCAUCAGGCUCCGAACAUAGUUUUGAUGGACAUCUUACAAAUCAACAAGCUUUAGACAGAUUUGGCACUUCAACAGCGGGAGAAACUGGUACUUUAGCUAAUGGAGAAUCUAUACCACCUGGCGCCGAAAUAAGUCACACGCUUAUCACAAUAAAAGACGAAAAUGGAAACGUUAUCGCAGAAAAAUUGUUCGAAGAAGGCGCAAACGACGCAAUAAUUGAAAAAUAUAUAUCUGAAGUGUCUUCUAAUUACACAAACACUGUGCAGCAGGGUGGCGGGGCGUCACCUGCCGCCGCUCCGUCUGGGAACACGGGUAUCCCAUCACAGUCUGCUAUUCCCUCGGCAGUUGGACAAGGACAGACAGGCACUAUGACCGGAACGUCCUCUUCUUCCGGAACUGAUCUGAAGAGUCUCUUUGAGUCUUUCCUUAAAAACCCACCAGCAUUCAACGGUAACGUCAGAAGCUAGUCCUCUCAACUGUGUUAAGACUUUUAUACAUAUAUUUAUCAAAUCAUAAAAAUAUAAUCGUUAACUCAAACUAUUGAAAUAUUGAAAUUUCGUUUUAUAUUCCUGUCGAUUAUACAUGUAUGUAUGCAUAACUUGUUAUCGAAAAUAUCUUUAUUCAAUAUUCUGUUGAUACAUUUGUUCUAUUCUAAUAUGUAAAUUGUGUAUAUUAGGACGAAGCCUACGAUAACGUCUUAUAAAUUCAUCUAAGUCUCAUGGUUGUUGUUUCAUUACGAUUUGCAGGUGUUCGGUAGAGCCCAGGGGCAUAUUAUGUAAUUGGUAAGUCGUCAUAAUGAGGAAAAACGCUACAAUGCAUGAGUUGUUGUUAACAUAAAUCAUCAAUGCUGAUUAAAACAUUUGUCUUAGCGAGUUACCAAUCAAUGCUUGCGUUAUUUCAAACGUGUCUUUUUGUUCUUAUUCUAGGUGGUGACAGAUUUCGUAGAGUUGUUUCCAUUUAAAAGACACGGUCUUAUAAUAAAAAAACGUUCCUUAUUCGUAUGAAGAUAUUUUUGAUUUUGAUAUAGUGACUGGCAUAUCGAAUGGAGUUAAUCCAUUUAUUAAUAUAAUGUGAUUGGAACUCAUCUCAAUGUGAUAUAGAUACCGGAGCUGACAUAUCGGACAAUUGACCAGCUGUAUUAGUGGCCGGAGACACAAAAACACUCGUCAGCUAUGUUUGUGUACGACUCUCUGAGUACAUUUCAAUAUCUAAUUACAUAAAGUAACACGGAAUCAAGACAAAUACAUACCAGUUUUAAAUAAAACACUAAUUGAGUCUUACUGUUAAUCAGGGUGUACAUUUUUUUUCUGUAUAUUAAUUCUUAUAGGCCUGAUUGGACGUUGCAGUCCUGAAAACGGAGAGCAAAACAUUCAGCCUUUAUACACUCAAUUAUUUAUUACCAUGUUGUGUUUUUUCUGAGUUGUACAUAUAUUUUGUAUAGAUUAAAUGUUUUCAAAUAAACCCACCAUGUCUUA